AAAGUAGAAAAAUACACACAAAAAUCUGAACUGGAGGAAUAUGAGGAAUAUUUUCAAUAUGUAGAAGAUGACUUUGGAAUUUUAAGAAACGGGGCGGGAAAUGACUUCAUCUACUCAAAAGGACAAAAAGAAAACACGGCCUUGAAAGUGGAUACCGCUGGUAUAAACCGAAAUAAUGAAAAUCAUAAAACAAAAGAAAGGUGUGAGUAUUUAAAGUGGAACUAUGUAUUGUCCUGCGAGUGCUGCUGCGAGCAACAAUUUUAGAGUCACAUGGUCAUGCAUGCAUGCGGUUUGCCAGUAACUUUACAACGUUGCAAAGACGGCCAGGCAAAUAUCACAAGUACAAAUUUGACAAAGAUACAUGCAUGCUUAUCGUAUGAUUAGCGAUGUUAUGUUAGAGUUUAUUUUUCAAUUUUCGAACAUGUUUGCUAAGUCAUUUCAUCAAAUCUAACUAAGAUUUGUCUGUCAUGCAUCUGCUAGAUAUUCACUGAAUUUAGGUGAACCGAUGUCACCUCUAGGGUGAAAUAAUGCCCACCAAAUCAAGACGGCGUUGUUAUCUACUUUACUCUCUGAAAAAAGACUCACUUGCAUACAGCUUACUUAACUAGCAAUUAAAUAUCUCUUGUUGUGUUUGCCGAGUUGUGGAGAGAGGUAUACCCCGCUACGCCUUUAGAACUUCUAUUGAUUUGCUUGACAAAAGAACGUAAUUAACCUAUCCGUUUGGCCUAUGACGUUGCCUUCCUGUGUUUAUAAAACACAACGGCAAAUCAGCAAGCAGAACUGAUGCUGUCUUACAUAAGGUAUAUAAAUGAAAUGAAGCGUAGGAAUGUUUCAUUAAGUAGCCGACAACUUAGCUUGAGACUUACCUACAUUGCAUCGAUCGCGAGCAACAAGUCGGCCGUCGGCAAUGACGCCGACGAGAAUGCUGCUGUCCUUAUGGACUUUUACAUGUGCUGUCGUGGUUACAACUGCAGUUGAACCCAAAGUCUACAAGAUUGGACCCACCCAAGGGAGCCUGGCAGGGGGCACCAUGGUUUUCAUUCACGGAGAAGGUUUUGCUCCGGACCAGUUUAACUUUCACAAUCCAACAGCAGGGAACCUUGUGUUUUUUAAGUCCGACAAACAUCAAGUGUCCUGUCAUAUCACACCCACUGAUGUCUCAGAAAAGAGGAUUGGCUGUGAAACUGAUCCCUCUCCGACAUCUGAUGGUGGGGACUAUGAACUAGUAAUGUUUAAAAACGGAGUCAGAGUCACCAAGUAUUGCGGCUGGCGCGGAAAGUGCAUCUUCAAGUUUUACAAAUGGAGUACUCCGACAAUAGAUGAUUUCUAUCCUCGGGCUGCUGUACCAGGAACACCCGUUAAAAUCUCUGGAAAAAUUCAUACCACUCAAUUCAGUAGACUUUCUCAUGGUUUCUCACCUGAUAACAAAGAAAUUACAAGGGUUUACGUGAGUCUCGAAUGUAACCCUUUCAAUGAGGAGACAAACGAACUGUAUGAAGCUGAAAUUGAAAACUGUGGCUGGACACCAAACUGCAGAGGAUCAUUUAGUUGUCUUCCAAAAGUCCGAGGUCCAGGGUCCCACUCAGCAUCGUAUUUAGUCUCCCAGUGUGGAAGAUCCCGAGUGAAUAAGGACUUAUUACGUGUCAACAGGAAUCAAGAUUUAUAUCUCUAUCAAACACACUCAGAGAUUCAUGAUAUAUCUCCUUCUUGUGGGAGUCUCCAGGGUGGAACCGUGAUAACAAUACAGGGACUGGGCUUUAGUGAUUAUGCCAACAACGUCGUGGUCUAUGUUGGAGGAGUGCGUUGUGAAGUUUUAUCCUCGACAGUCACAGAGAUCAAGUGUCGUACAGGACCUAGUGGGGGAGACAAGAGCAUUUAUCAAGGUUCUCGUGGUCUGGUACGUGAAAUCUGGACCUCGACUAUCACAUAUAACCUCUCCGACAUAGCUCUCCUAGACUCUGCUGCCGUUGACUAUCACGUGGAGCACUGGACCGAGAGUAGCUCUCCCGAAGUUGAUACAUUUAACAAGAUUUCCGGUUACAGCUCAAAGAUCAGUGGUUUCUUCGUGCCUUCAAAACCGGACAACCACAGGUUUUACAUCCGAUCGGAUGACACCAGUGAGUUGUACCUGAGCCUCACAGGGGACCCCGCUGACAAGACAAAGAUUGCGAGCUGUUCAUCCGCUACGUACGAUUGGGACAGUGACAAUAUUCAGGGGUCGGAUCCAAUCUUCUUAGAGGCAGACAAGCCAUAUUACAUUGAGGCAUACCAUAAUGAUUUUGGUGGCGGCCAUAACGUGAAGAUCAGAGUACGCCUGGACGAAACCGAGCACACCAACAGCAAAGUCGGCGCUGCACGUGAUGAACGACAAAAAAUUACGAUCAGCUCAACAUUGCUCUGGGAAAAACAGGUGUUGGACUUCAGCAACUGGGACGCGAAUGAAAGAGUGUGUGAGGUUCAACACAUUUCAGUCCAGCCGUUACUGUGCGCAGAGAACAACGUCACGUCUUGUGGUAAUCACAGCGAUAACUUCACCUUGUUCUACCAUGGCGAGAGUAUAACGCUGUCCUUACAAGACACGAACAGUUCCGUACUCGAGGAAAACCUGAACGCACUGAGUACUUUUGAAGGCCGCGGUCGAGUUAAUGUAACAACUGUUAAUAGUACGGAAGGAAAUGCCACGGUAUUCCUCGUUUGGUUUUGCUUUGCUGACCCGCGAGGUGUUGAAGUUUUGAACGGAACGGCACACAAUAACCAAAGCUUGUCGCUAAAUAUAACACGAUUGGUGCAAGGACGAUCAGCUGAGGACUUUCAACUGAUCGUUGGUGACGAGACAUCCGAUUUUCUGAAACCCAGUUCAUCCAAAACGAAGAUCGAGGCCGUACUGACAGAUUUUUUUUCCAAACAAUGUGACGAAUCUUCUUUGAAUGGACACAUAUUUUAUAUGAAGUAUGAGGAUGAUGUUCUAGGAGAAGAAUCUGGUGAAAGGGUUUCCGAUGUGGAGCCAUUCUGUGGCAGAUUUUCUUUAAAAAAUCCAUCGAUUCUUUGGAAAGCUGACUACUCGGCUUACCUCUUUGACAAUCCUCAACCUCCAUAUAAAGCCUCCAGAUACAAUUGGGUUUGCUUCGCCUACAAAGGCCCAAUAAAAGAAGUAGUGAAACUUCAAGUGAAAUACAUAGACGACUAUGGCGAAUUUCGAUAUUCUCAUCGUUGGUAUGACUUCGUGAGAGGCUCUUCACAACUUUCAAACUGGGGGUUUACCUGCAUAGAUGUGUGGCCUAAAAUCAGCGAUGAAUUUCAAAUCCAAGCCCCGUUUGUUGAAAUAUACUGUAUCGAAAUUGAGCGCUUGGAGGGAUUCGACGAAGACGUGUUUGUGGAUAAUGUGUGGAUCGGAAAGUACGAUUUAACUGUAAUACCUAUUAAAAACGCCGCCAAGCCAAACGGCUUUCUCAUCAAAGAUUUUACAGUUGAAAAGAACUCGGACACAAACUGGACCAUCUCUCUCCUCCCUGCAAACUGUGGCUCCCCCCUGCCAUUGCUUGCUAUUACAGACGCCAUCCGCGAUGGAAAUGGCGAUGCCGACAGUGCCACAUAUACUAAAGAUGGUCUUAACUCGAGUGUACAAGUGAAGAGAGAACAAGAAGCUUCCCCUCCCAUCGAAGGAACAUUUGACAUUAUAUACAAUGGAGUUAUAAUCACAGGCAUUCCUGUGAACAUAUCUGCGAUAAGGCUUAAAGAUCUCGUGGAGCAAGAAAUCCAGGAAGGUAUAAUUGAUGUCGAGAAAACUGGUCACUGUGCAAAGUACGAAUGGAAGUUCACAUGGACGAGCCAUGGAGGUAACCAUCCUGAAAUGCAGGUGAAUGCUAGCAGUCUGAGUGGUGUUGACGUGGUUACGGUAGUCAAAACUAUUGAAGAUGGCGGUUUAUUCUUGGAUCCUAUUCCUGGAGAAUUUCUACGAAUACCGGCCGCCCAGCCACAAGUCGUAGUGUUCGUGAACGAAAUCCCCGGAUCAUGUCGUCAUGGCAACAAUUGCACAUUUGAAUAUUCAGCAGAAAAGACGCCCAACCUGACCUCCAUCUCACCCUCGUCUGGUCCUGGCGGGCCCUCCGGCAUUGGAACAGUGAUCACUCUUCUUGGCUCAGGAUUUUCCACAGUAAAUGAAGAGAAUUCGGUGCAAAUAGGGGGGACUACCUGUGUGGUCUUAAGGAGCACUGCUGACAACAUAACUUGUCGAGCAGGUUACGGUCCUGGUGGUAGUCACCUGGUCGAGAUUCUCGUAAAAGGCAAAGGUUGGGCUGAAAAUGAUCAACAAAUCAACUUCACUUAUGUCAUCGCUGCUACCUCAGUUACUCCAGCCAGCGGUAGCUUGGCUGGCGGACAGACAAUUACCAUUUCCGGCAGCGGCUUUGGAAACACGAAGGAAAAUGCCAAUGUGUCGUUAGAUGGUUCUCCUUGUGACAUUAUAUCCAUUAGUAUGUCCCACAUCACCUGCGUAACGGCUGCACAUGCUGAGGGAAAUGUUUCUAUAGAAAUCUCAAUCGGUGAAUCUUCGGUCACUAUUUCCGAUGCGUUUGAAUACGAUUCCUCGUUGACAAUUUCAGUCACCAGUUUGAGUCCGCAGCAAGGCAGUGUCAGCGGUGGUGAAAUAAUUACAAUUUUCGGUUCCGGUUUUAUGGAUACUACUACGGUGCAAGUGGGAGAUAAAAACUGUGAAAUACAAAGCGUCACUGCAAUAGAAAUCACUUGCGUGACAUCACGUCACGCUCCUGGAGAAUAUCUUAUCCUGGUGGUCACGCCGGGGAAAGGUUUUGCCAAAAUACCUGAAGAGUAUAGCAAAUUCGAAUACGUACUGGUGGUGCAUUCCAUCUUUCCUCUGAUUGGCUCAGUAGCAGGCGGGACGCGCGUGGUUAUCACUGGACAAGGGUUUGGGUCUGAUGCGUCACGCGCUGUUGUCACGGUACAAGACAGGCUCUGUCAAAUUACGUCAUUCAAUGAUACACACGUGAUAUGUGAAACGGGGGACAUGUUUCAAACUAUAAUGGUUGAUAACAGUGGAUCACACCUAGAGUAUGGGCGUGGCUAUGAAUGGUUACCAAAGUUCGUUGUUUGUCACCAAGGCGACACUGUCGAGUGGCACUGGACUGGACAGGAACUAUCUGACGCAUUCUACAACGUGUAUCAGACCAGCGAUUCAUCGUCAGUUGAUUACGAUCUUUUCGGAUUUCACAGUGGUGGUGUCAGUAAGACUGGAGUCUUCACACACAGGUUCUUGAGCCCAGGAGUGUUCUACUACGCCGGUAGCGGAUCGGUUCGAAUGAAAGGCGUGAUCAAGGUGCUGUCAUUUAGAACGCAGAGCGGACCAAUCAGUCUUAACAUUGACGGAUUUGAAGCAAAUUACAAUGCAACCUCGUCACCAUACUCCUCUCCAACGUGUGAGGCCGGGAGGACGGAUGGUAUUCCUGGGUGCAACUCUUCACAUGAAGCCCAGAGUUCAAACAGUGACAGCUUUGAUUUUACCUACUCGGAAUGUAGCACGCCUAAAGUAUCAGCUGUAACACCUCCUCAAGGCACAAGCGACACGAUAAUUACAGUCCACGGGCAUGGAUUUAGUAACGAGUCGUGCCACAAUAAAGUGACGUUCAGCUCGCACGAGUGCGAGGUAAUCUCUUCUAAUGACACAGCAAUCACUUGUGUACUCAGUACAGCGGAAUAUCCCAUUGCUGGCGAAGCACUUGAUGUCAAAGUGAAGGUACUAAACCGAGGCUACGCAUUUGUCCGGGCAGACGCAGGUGACACAACUGACUUCGUGUUGAAACCGAGCGUAAUUGCCGUGUCACCGAGCAGCGGUUCCCAAGCGGGCGGCACGUUGGUGACAAUAACAGGCGACGGUUUUAGUAACGCAAUCAGUAACAAUGUCGUUCAAAUAGGUUCUACUGUGUGCGAUGUCGAAAGUUCGUCAUUCGACACCAUAGUUUGCAGAACACGAGCAAGCGCUGAACAAGCUCAGCAAGUCAUUGUAACAGUCAGUGGUAGUGAAAGCGAGUGCGUUGCCUUUGACAGCACGGACUGCAAAUACACCUUCGCACUUGACAGGACGCCGGUAGUAACGUUAGUGUCUCCAGCUGAUAUUGAAAAUCCUCAGACGGAAUUUCGCUUCCAAGUGUCACGCCUUCCAUCCAGUGCUGCAGACGUGACAGUAACAGUGGGAAAUGAAGUCUGCCACGUGACAGAGGUCUUGUCGCAAUUAGUCAAAUGUAUGCUGCCGGGAGCCGUCAUUGGCAGUCACAAGAUUGUGAUUCACGUGGCGGGAAAAGGAAACGCCCAGUUUGAUUCUGUGUCAGACGUCGUGGAUAGUGAGCCUUUAGUCUCCACAGUAUCGCCGUCUCAAAGUAGCAAACAUGGAGGCUUGAUCAUUACUAUAGAAGGAAAUGGUUUCAAUCCGACUCCAGGCAAAACUACCGUGACCAUCGGAAGCGAGAUUUGUGAAAUAAUCACGAUCUCGUAUGGGCUGAUUGAAUGCGUGACACCACCACACCCGUUAAGUAACGCAGUCGUCAUACAAGUCACUGUUGAUUCUGGUGAAGUUUCACGGCGACGUAGAAAUGCUGGUGGUGUAUUUCCAACAAUCAAUAUAGCGUACACCCAGGCCGCGACUCCGGUUGUAACGUCAAUUUCACCAACAAUAGGACAAGGCGGUGAAGUGUUAACCAUACACGGAAGCGGUUUAGAUCCUACUACACAAGAUGAAGUGGAGGUUCAGAUUGGAGACGUGUCAUGCGCGGUAACCAGCUCGGAGGACGACAAUGUGGUGUGUACACUGGCUGCACAUGCUGCUGGCUCAUACCUUGUUGACGUGGUGGUUCCCGGGAAAGGUAGGGCUACAUCUGAUGAAUUCUUUGAAUACAGAUUACAAAUAGAUGGCGUGGAUCCCGAUCAGAGUGGCUUUGGAGGAGGCCGCGUGCUUAUCAUUCAAGGUCAGGGCUUUGAUGAGUCUGCAGAGUUGACCAUUUGUGGCAAUGAGUGCACCCAUAAUUCAGAUCACCUCACUACAACUACAGAAAUAUCUUGUGAAGCACCAAGUCAUGCGCCAGGAAACAUUGACCAAGUGUGCGAUAUUGAGAUCAUCUUGAACGGUUUCAGCGCUACUCUAAGCAACGGCUUUACUUACAAACCCGAAAUGACCUCCCAAAUAACUUCCGUCACACCAUCCCGAGGCGGGACGGGUGGGGGCACAACCCUCACGAUACUUGGCACAGGAUUUAGUGACACACAGAGCGACAAUAUCGUUACAAUAGACGGCGUUGAAUGUAACGUUACUUAUGCCAAUUCAUCGCUGAUUACGUGCCAGACUGGUCCACAUAACGGGACAAUCGAAACUAAAGUGCGAGUGGAAGUUGGAAGCAAUGGAAAGGCGAUAGAUGAUGAAGCUGAUUUUUUCUACGUGGAUGUAUGGUCAUCUCCGUUUACGUGGGGUGGUAAUGAUCCUCCUGAGAAUGGUACCUUCGUGGUUAUAAAGAAAGGACAAACUAUAUUGCUUGAUCAAGACACGCCAGUACUUAAAUUACUCCUAAUACAGGGAGGACAGCUCAUAUUUGACAGGAAAGAGCCUUUUCUUCAUCUACAAGCAGAAAACAUACUUAUCACCGACAAUGGUGUACUUGAAGUUGGUACCGAAAAUGACCCGUUCCCAGGAAAGGCCACGAUCACUUUGCACGGCCAUGUUCGAUCGAGAGAAAUUCCAGUGUUUGGAACCAAGACGUUAGCGCUUCGCGAGGGAAGGCUCGAUCUUCACGGUUUACACGUGCCCAUCACGUGGACGCAUCUGAAUUCCACGGUAGAAGCGGGUGCAACUCAGCUCCACUUGAUGAAACAGGUCACGUGGAAACCAGGUGAUCAGAUUAUUCUGGCACCAACUGGAAAAUCACAGCGAGAGUUUGAAGAGCUGACGAUAACAGCCGUUCUCAAUGAUAAUUACACGUUACAAGUGUCACCGGCACUAAAGUAUAAGCACAUCUCCAUCGUGCAGACGUUUCAAGGAAAUCACGCAGUGGAAACGCGCGCGGAAGUUGGUCUACUCACGCGGAACGUGCGUGUGCGAGGCUCCGUACAUUCCGAGUGGACGGAGACAAUUGAAGCUUGCGAGAAAGAAUUUGAACCAGGUCAAUUCCAAACACAGACCUGCUUUCAAGGAAAAUUUGGCGAAGAGAUUGGAAGCGAUGGAUUUGGUGUGCAGAUUAUGAUACAUGCCCCUGAAGAAAGUAAAGGCUUGGUAACAGCAAGGUUCGAUUACGUGGAGAUCUCGCACGCAGGGCAAGCAUUCCGUCUUGGUCGCUAUCCAAUUCAUUUUCAUCUCAGUGGUGAUGUUUAUGGCUCGUAUGUUCGCGGCUGUGCAAUACAUCACAGCUUCAAUCGAGCCAUAACAAUGCACGGUAUACACAGACUUAAUGUAAGCCACAACGUUGUGUUCAACGUCCGCGGAAAUGCGUUCUUCAUGGAGGACGGCAUUGAAACUGGUAACAUAGUCGAGUACAACCUGGGGAUAUUCGUCAUCGCUUCGUCGUCGGCGCUGAACGUGGAUAUAACUCCGGCUACCUUCUGGGUAACAAACGCUAACAACACCGUGCGUCACAACGCCGCUGCAGGGGGCAGCCAUUUUGGUUUCUGGUAUCAAAUGUUCGACCGCCCUGAUGGCCCGUCGUUUCGAUCCGACUACUGUCCCAGGAAUGUAUUCAUGCUUGAAUUUUUCAACAACUCUGCGCAUUCGUUCGGCCGCUAUGGAUUGUGGAUAUUUCCCGUUUACCACCCCCAGCGGGGAGGGGGAUGCGACGAUUGUAUCGCUGAGCCCGCGGUGUUUGGCUCAUUCAUCGCCUAUAACAAUAUGCGAGGGGCAGAAGCCGUCAAAGUUGGUGCAGUUCAAAUGCACAACUUCAAGAUGCUGGAUAAUGACAUUGCUGGUAUUGAGUACGUUUUUGCUAACGAAGCAGACGUCCCAAGGGGUGGUCCCAGGAUUAAAGACGCACUUAUCGUCGGUCACAGCCAAGUGAGCGAGGGAUUGGAACUGAAAGUAAGCAGCAACACACUUUGCACGACUUCCGGUAUAAGACUGCCACAGUUCUCUAAGCUUGUCGUCGAAAAUGUCACCUUCGUGAACUUCGACCGGGAAGGCUGCACCGCUUACAGCACUUGUGCACAAUGUGCAGAGUUUAAAAAGAGAGGCGGCUGGACUUCACACACUUUGCGAAACCAUUUCGUCAACUCUCCACGCCGGACCGCUUUUAGAUGGAGUCACGAGGCAGUCAUACUCGAUCUGGAUGGAAGUCUCACUGGUUAUGCAAAUGGAAGCGUCGUGCCUGACAAUGAGAAUCUACCGCCCGAGAAAUGUACUCCGUCCGUCCAGGACAGCUACGGGCCUCAUAAUGGAAGUGUCUGUGAUUCUAGUGUGCAAUUCACGAGAUUUGCCUUGAACAACGCCGCCCCAGUAUCCUUGCAGGCCAAAUACAUUUUGUUGACGAACCAGCACGGAAUCGAUAAGGUCCCUUUCUGCAUCAAGUGCGCGACUCAUCCGAUGGGUUGGGUGAUGCUUUUGAUUCGGGGAGAAAUAUACAACAUGACAUUCGAAGACACAUCCCACAUAACUAACAUCAGCUACACUGGCAAGUUCUAUGAUAUGAGGGAAGGCGAUUAUGUCUGGAUAUCCCACCAAUUUAUGCAAACACCAGAUCACUUUGCCACUACUGGCGCUUACCAGAACAUGACGGAAGUCGUGCCAUCCCGUGAUGCUCUUCACGGAAACUGGAGUUUUGUUAACGAGACAAAGAUGUUUACGUACAUCGCGUCUGGCAAGAACGCGACUCUGACAAAAAAUAACAAUGUUGAGCCACGUUCUGUCGAUCUGGACGUUUACCUCUGUUAUUAUGAAGACUGCAUCACCCCGGUGCCACCCCCUCCCCCGCAAGGAAGACCGGAGGUCUACCGUCGCUGGUCCAGUGUUGAUGACUGGGAAGGCACUGAGCCCCUGUAUGGUGGUUAUGGAAGAAGAUUACCUGGCAACGGAAGUGACGUCAUGAUAAUGACAGAUUGGUACAUGGUAGCCGAUACUCGGCUGCCAUAUUUGAACCAGUUGUUUGUGUACGGCACAUUGGAGAUCGAGGAUAGGGAUGGUGAGACCAUGGUGUUGAAUGCUUCAAUUGUCUUCGUCAGCGGCGGUUUGAUCGUGGGAUGGCCGGACGAGCCUUAUCUUUCAAACUUCCUAUUAAGCCUUCGAGGUGAUCAUUACAGUGAGGAGCUGCCCUUGCGAGACGUGAACAUGGGAAGCAAGGCACUUGGAGUGUUUGGGUUCCUAUGGCUGCACGGGAAACCAAAGCAGGUCUAUUGGACUCGAUUGGCUGUUACCGCCGAAGCUGGAGAUUGUUCACUUAUACUUGCUGAACCCGUGGAUUGGAGAUUUGGCGAUGAGAUUGUGCUUACUUCAACUACAGUUGCGCCUGAACAGACUGAAAAGUUCUUUAUAGUAGCCAUUUCACAAGACAAACGAAACUUGACACUGAAUGCGUGCCUUCAGUACAAACACACCGUACAAACACACACGAUUGGCAACUGGUCAUACACCAUGGCGGCAGAAGUGGGACUGCUGACCAGAAAUAUCGUUAUAGAAGGUGCGGAUAAUCCCUCUGGAGCCUGGGACCAGUCGUUUGGAUGUCGUGUUCUGAUUGGUCGAACAGUAUCUGGUGGGAUAGAGUACAAGGGUAGCGCCAGAAUUGAGAAUGUGGAGUUUAAUCGUUGCGGUCAGGAAGGCUAUACGGAUGAUUACGACCCCAGAUUCGCCUUAGCUUUCCUCAAUACUGGUGUGGUUGAAGGCAACACGUCUUACGUCCGUGGCAGUUCCUUCCACGAUUGUUUCAACACUGGUAUCGGUGUGUUUGGAACCGACAAUCUGACUGUGGAGGACAACGUUGUACACCACACGGUCGGCCCUUCAAUUCGAGUUGCCGGAAAAUGUAACAGCGUGUUACGAAACUUGGCAGUGUAUUCCAUUUCUAUCCACACCUACGACGGGAGACAAGAGAAGUCCAACAUUCACUGGCCUGGAGCCAUCGAAGUACACGAAGCAUUCGAUGUCAUUUUGAUCAAUAAUACAGUAGCUGGAAGCGAACGGUUUGGAUACAAGCUUGAUGGCGAGAAAUGCACAGAUUACCCUCUGGGAAUUUCCACUGGCAAUGAAGUCCACGGUGCUUGGCACGGAGUACAUUUGCAUUACGUGGAGGGUCUUCCAGGAUGUGCUAUGCUAUACGGCUUCCUCAUUUGGAAAAAUUACGACUACGGCAUCUUCACAUACUGUGAGUCCAGUGUUGUCGUAGACCAUGUUAUUGCCGUGGAUAACACCGUGGGAAUGUUUCCCAAUGUGUGGGGGCCACCUGCUAAAUCACACAGGACUGCUGACAAAUAUUUCAUUCUGAGACACUCGCUGAUCGUUGGCACAAGUCCUAACUACGACUGCGCAGAAGACAGCAUUAUACCAUAUGCCAGAGAACCGUACGGAGGAAUUGGGGCGAAGACGGCCCCAGGAGGCGGUAAAAUUGGUAUCACAAUUCCGUCGUUCCAAUCAUCGCCAGCUGGCGGUCCAAAGAUGUCGUGGGAAAGCCCGAUGAGUUAUCCAGCAAUAAAUGGCUACACGCUCUUUCACGAGGUGACGUUUUCCGGAUUUCAGGAAAAAUGCGGGAAUAAACAUCGAGCGAUAAUGACUAAUUCAUGGGUGGGAGACAUUCUCCAUCCAGUGGACGUGCGAGGCCUGCAUUUCGAUUCCGUCGACCAAGUAUCCAGACUGCUUUUUCAGCAACCGACGACUCAGUGGAUAAACCCGUCAGAUUGUGUUGACAUGGACUGUGACGCAAGAAGACAGCAGCUCAUCCGGGACCUUGAUGGCUCAUUUACAGGCUCUGUGGGGGGAACAGUCAUCUCCAAGGCCGAGUACCAGUGGGAUGGAAACAAACGAUACGGACUGGGCGACUAUCGUAUCCCCAAACCUGCUACAACUGCCGUGGAUGGUACCCGACUCAACAUAUCUGUUGUCGCUCCUAAUAAGGGCAUCGUUCGUGGAACACCUGAUCAAAGCCAUUGCUCAUGGGAUGCUGACUGGAACGCGUACCAAUGUAGCUCAAUAGAUUACAGAAUGUUAGUUAUCGAGAGUCUGGAUGAUGACACCGAAACACGGCGAUUGUCUCCGGUGGCGCUGAUCGCAGAUGGUUACGUCAACCUGCUGAACGGCCCUCAGGAUCACGGCUGGUGUUUGGGUUACACUUGUCAAGAACGCAUUUCGACGUUUUACGGAAUCGUGGCGACUGCAACGAAUUAUUCCCUGUAUUUCACGAGCAACGAGCCACAGAAACUAAGGUUGCACUUGUUAAACAGCGACCCCACAGAUUCGAUUCGUGUUGGAAUCUUCUACCAAAGACCACAGAGGCAAGAUGUGUAUAAAAACGACAUAUUCAUCUUUCCAACAAAUGCGGAAUUCCAGGGAUCAGACUUCACUUUACUUCCCAUACCUCCGGGCGCACCCGACGACUACUUUGAGCCACCGCUGUCCAGUAGUGGCGGUGUCAAUUAUUUUGAUCGCGAGCGAGCCACCUUGUUUGUCGUACUGCGCGGUUCAGACCCUGUGGAAAUACGAGUAGUGCCCGUUAUCCAGGUACAACUUGGUAUGAGAGCGGUCUCCAUCGAUGAUUUCUUCACAAAGAACCUGGUCAAUAAUCUGGCUGACCUGCUCGGUAUUGAUAAGUCGCUUAUCAGAGUAGUAGAUAUUGUCAGCGAGAAUAGUAGACGAAGGCGACGCUCAUCUGACGAUGUGGCGAUUAUCCAAAUUGAGAUUGCUGAUCCUCCUCUAGCUGCAAACGGCUCUUCAUCUUCCAACUACACAGGUGUCAACGAAACAACAUCAUUUGACGAGCUUAGCGAAAUUGCUGAUACAUUUGUAGAGAAGGUACAGACGGGAGCUGUCGCUCAGACAGCCGGGGUAGAAAUCUUAUCACUUCAAAUGUCGGACCCAAUUCCUCCUCCGGUUGAUCCAACCGGUGGCGUCAGAGCAACUAACGAGACUGUUCAGCCUAACGUAACGGACAACUCUACAAGUCGGUAUGACGAGGUUCAGGCCGAGCAGGAGGCUAACGCACCCAGUAAUGUGUUCAACUUCCUUAUUCCCGCCAGACUGGAGUUAGUGACUGAGCCAAGCGGAGCUAACGAGACCGUACCCUUCACGUCACAGCCAAGGCUUAAACUGAUUGACAUUGAUGGCACUCUGGUGACAACCCUGGGACACGGUUCCCUUACCAACUGGACUGUCACGGCAGUCAUCAAGAACGGGUCUGGAGACUCACUUGCGUUACUAGAAGGCAGCGUGAAUGUCACGUUAGAGAACGGCUGGGCGAAUUUUACCGAUCUGAGCAUCACGCACAAUGCAACUGAUUACGAGUUGCUCUUUUACGUUAGCAAACCAUUAGCGUCCCAUUUUAACGCUACUUCUCAGCCAUUUGAAGUCAAAGAAAGGAUUAUGUACUUCACAGUAACCGAUCAACCCAACGACGCGAAUGAAACUGUUAGCUUCGGACAACAGCCGAGGAUUGAAGUUCGAGAUGCCGCUAACGGUGAAAUUGUUAACAACACGGGCUGGAAAGGACGCCGGUGGCUUUUUACAGCAUCUCUUGCCAAUCCAGCGGAAAACGAUGGACACCUUAACGGAACUACCCAAGUAGAGUUUGUCAGAGGAGUCGCUCAGUUUACAAACCUCAGCGUAGACAUAUCCGGUGAGAACUAUGUCCUUGCAUUGGAGGCAAUGACUGAUCCGCCUUCAAGGUACGUCUUCAGUGGUAACUCGUCCGCAUUUAAUGUUUCCGAAAGAGUGCUUUAUCUAAAACUGGUUCAACAACCGGGUGAUUGCAAUGACACGGUGGUCUGUGGCAGCCAGCCGAUAGUGGAAAUAAGGAAUGCCUUCCCAGAUUCUUUAGUCGAUAACAUCGGUUGGAGAGGUAGAUCCUGGUUUAUAAACGCUACCAUGGUCGGUGGAAGUAAUUCUGUAGUAAACGGCACCACUUUGUUUGCAGUACAAACCUCGGGGCGUGUAGAAUUUCAAGACUUGAAUUUCUAUGACGUGGCUCAAGGGCAUCAGAUGGAAUUUAUUGUCAUCACAGAACCUUCCUCUUCCUACUCAAGUUUGUCCGUGACAUCCGAGACAUUCAAUGUAACUGCGCGACAGUUCUACCUCGAAGUCAUAACACAACCAGACAGAGCCAACCAGUCGGAAAUCUUCGGAGUACCUCCAGUAGUGGAGGUACGAGACUUGGGAACGCGCAUGCGUGGACACCCUCUCAAAGGUGAUUGGUCAAUUGCCUCUUCACUGAAACCUUCAGCUUUAAAUGGAACCUUGAGUGGAGUGCUGAACGAGACGGUUGAAGACGAGAGAGUGGAGUUUACAAACUUGUCAAUAUCUUACUACGGUGUUGGUUAUCAACUCGUCUUCGAGUCUAACUAUGGUCACGUGGUUCACUCGCAACCUUUUGAAGUUCGAUACGUCAACGACUACUCGCCUGUGUUUGACCCUUCUAAUGGCUUGUACAACGCGACCAUCUCAGAGGACGCUCCUGUUGGCCAAUCCGUUGCCACAGUGAUGGCAACUGACAAUGAUUCUGGUUCUCAAGGUGAUGUUUCAUACUCCAUCGUGACCGGGAACACUGGGAACAAGUUCUAUAUCAACGCGUCAUCGGGUGAGAUAACAACGGCUGGAGAGCUUGACCGUGAAACCACUGCCGUGUUCACGUUGACCGUACGCGCGUUCGACGGCGCGGUUCCAGAAAAAGUGCGUUUUACAGACGGGGAGGUUGAAGUUACCAUUUCCGAUAUCAACGACAAUGCUCCUUCAUUUAACACUCCUUCAAUUGUCGCUACCGUUCCAGAGGAUGCUGCUAUUGGAGACGUCAUCAUAACGCUUCAAGCUAAUGACCCGGAUGAGGGCUUGAAUAGUGAACUUCGUUAUUCCAUAAAGAGCGGGAAUGACGCAGGACUAUUUACUAUCAACAACUCGACAGGGGAGGUGAAAGUAAACGCUUCGUACGAUCUUGAUCAAGAACCAAGAGCCGACUUCGACCAUUCUUUAGUCAUCUUUGUUGAAGACCUUGGGGUCCCACAGAGCCUUAACACAAGUGUAACGCUCAACAUUAGCAUUACAGCAGUUAAUGAGUUUACUCCGCAGCUUCAGCAUGACUCUUCGUUUAACUUCAGCUUUGCUGAAAACGCCGCAGUUGGCGACGGAGUGCUGGUAGUUCAAGUCAAUGCUACAGACCAGGAUUAUGGGGAGCAGGGACGGGUGUCGUUUGUCAUUAGUUCAGGUAACGAUGAAGGCAUGUUUGCCAUCAACGCGUCCACCGGAGAACUGAGACUCAUGUUCUCGCUCGACUACGAAAACUGCUCAUCCUACACCCUAGUGAUUCACGCUCGUGAUAGCGAUGACACGGGAAACGUGAAGUUCGCGAUAUUCACCGUGUACGUGUCUGUUCUGGACUUGAAUGAUAACGCGCCUACAUUCUCUGAACCUCUUUACGAAGUGGAUAUUGACGAGGACGCAGCGUUUGGGUCCAUUGUGUUCACGUUCUUUGCUCCAGAUCCCGACGAUGGUUUGAAUGGACUCGUUUCAUAUUCAAUAAUUUCCAGUAAUUACAGCAGUGAGUUUUGGAGUCUAAACUCAUCUACCGGGGAACUCACAAUUAACGCCUCCCUCGACAUGGACACAAGAGAGCUAUCCACAUGGACACAUAUGUUAACAGUGAUGGCACAGGAUGCUGGGAGUCCCUUGCUGCACUCGAACACGACACUCGUUAUACACGUGAUUUCUAAGAACGAGUUCGCGCCAAGUUUUGCUUCCUCGGCCGUAUCAGUCACAGUCAGUGAAGACAUUGCUGUUGGAAGCUUUAUUUACCAGGCACGCGCUACAGAUGCCGACUUCGGUUCAGACGGUGAAAUAAGAUACAGUAUCACCGCCGGAAACGACGACCUGAGAUUCUUCAUAGACGCUGUGUCAGGGAACAUCACCACGGAUGCCUCCUUGGAUCGAGAGACGCAGCCAACCUAUAGCCUAGAAAUCACAGCUAAAGAUCGUGCGACAGGCAACCGUAAGUCCGGCACCACCACUGUCCUCCUCAGCUUGAUGGAUGUAAACGACAAUGCUCCGAGCUUUGCUAAGAGCUUUUACUCUCAGCUCGUGGACGAAGACAUUACCAUUGGCGAUGAAGUGAUCACUGUAACAGCGACAGAUCCUGAUUUUGAAUCCAAUGGGGAACUUGUGUAUUCCAUAGCAAGCGGCAAUGAACGGGGUCUUUUCAGCAUCGAAUCUAACCAAGGUAUCAUACGCGCCGCCAAGAGCCUGGAUCUGGAGACGCAAAACCAUACCGCUGACCGUUCGUACCAAUUGAUCAUAUUUGUAAAGGACAAGGGAUCGCCAGUAGAGCUCAACAAUUCAGUGCCCUUGGCUAUCACAGUACAGAGUGUCAACGAAUUUACUCCAGCCCUGCAGCAUGCUGAUAACCAAGUCGUAGAAUUGAGUGAGAACACCAGUAUAUCGACAGUGAUUUUUGACGUCAAUGCUACCGACGAUGAUUACGGAGGUGAUGGCGUUCUGACGUACUCCAUUACAAACGGCAACAGCCUGGGAACGUUUGCCAUCGACCACGUCACAGGUGUCAUCACGUUGGCAAAGGCGUUGGAUUUUGAAACAAUUAAUCAGCACAACUUGGAAGUUACAGUUACCGAUAACAGCCCGGUCAGUAGCAACAGAAAAACAAUUACUACAAACCUCGAGAUACAGGUACUUAACAUAGACGACAGUGGAAUGUACACCGCCAAGGCACGUUUGAUCCAGUCAUUCAUUGCCUCGCCAAUCAAUCCAGCAGGUCUGGCUGGCAUCGCAGAUAGGUCUACAUUGGAGAUAAUCCUGGUGUACGAGAAUGGAACUGAAGUAGAUAUCACCAUGAAGGGAAACCGUUACACACUGGAUGAUUUGUCGAAGUCCAAUAACCUCUUCAGUGCUGUCAAUAAUGGCGUACCUUACGUCAUAGCAAACAACGCGGGUUUGGCUGGAAUUGGCAAACUCCUUGUUCACGUCACGAACGUCAACUCGGUCGAGGUGAAUGUAACUGUGGUGGGCAGCAGCAACCUGGCCGUCAAAGCUGUUCCAUAUUCUGAUAUUCCCGACGAUUCAGAGGUUAUUGAGCUCAAACAAAUUAUCCCGGGACACUAUCAGCGAAUUUUACUCAAAGUUCUUCUUGGUUUGACAAAUGGGCAAACCGUGGACGUUUCCACUUCGGCUAACACUUCGUUUGCUUUAACAAAUGCUCAGCUAGUUGGAGGCACUUUUGAAUUUGGACCCGCUCCGCGUAAUCUCUUCUCCAUCGAAGGAAGCGGCUUGAGCGGAAUAGUAUCAUUGCAGGCAGAGUUUGCUCGUAGUCUUUCAGCAAGUGUUGAUCUAACAUUGUCUUCAACAGUCCUAAAUACAGUUGCGAUUAUUCGGUUUGGCUUGGAGGGUGUCAACACGACACUGAGCGGUAUUACGGGAACAACUGCAUCCCCGUUUGCCGAGGUGGAAAUGGAGGAUGGAUCCACCCAUCUUAUCAACAACUUCACCCGAUACGGUGGUUUGGUUGGGUUCACCUCAAGCGACCCUGCUACCGCAAAAAUCCAUCCGUCCUCUGGUGUAGUGACUCUGGUCGCAGACAGCAGCAGUCGUGUAACCAUAACAGCCACGCUUGUUGGGAACUCAAGCGUAACAAAAGACUUUGCAGUUUACUGCAACCUGGAGCCAAACGUUGGCGAAAUUGAUGUUGGAGCCAAAGAAGGAGCAGCUAUUCCGUCACUAAGUGAAGGGGAUACUUGGAAAAUGCCGAUCAGAGUAAACCCUGGCACUGUUGGAAUCUUGGCAGUACAUGUAGAGAUUCAGUUCAGCACGAACGAUUUGAGUCUAGAUACAGUCACUACAGACCUCCCAUACACAGUGCUUGGCAGUUCAAUCAAUAUCUUCGGACCGCUGAUAGAAUCUAAGGCCCUGUCAGAAAAUGUAGGAGAAGUUGCCUUUACAUCUAAGAGAAGCGGUAUUCCUCAAGUCGAUGUUGCAUUUUUCAGGACAGUAAAUAAAGAGCUGUCACCGAUACCACCUACAAACGUAGCUUCCCCUUGUCCUGAUACGCAUCUGGGUGAUAUCAACUUAGACUGCGCGUUUGACAUUAUAGACGUCGCUUUCAUUAGUGGUUACAUCUCUGCAUCUUCGAAAUCCCAAUUCACUGAAGAGAUGAAAGCGCGGAUGGAUGUUACCUGGAACGAGGCCAUCGAGAAUAACGACGCCAUCUUCUUGUCCCUUAUUUAUCUGGAAAAGGCAAGGUUUGUGACAGAGCUUAAUUACCAUAUUCCAAAAUCAACGGAUCGUUGCAGCUUAGAAUUCGCUGUGAAACUGGCGAACAAAGAUGGAUCAGCGGUCUCGUCUCCGCAAACCGAGGUUUACUUUCUGUUUUCAAACCCUGGGCCACGCUUUGCUGCUCAAUUUGAACAGACAAGUUUUACAGCAGGCACGAAAUUAACCGUGGACGGGGCUUUAUACGUAGAUGGUCUGAUCAAAGCUAGUUACGAAGGCGGAAAAUACGUUAUUGCAGCCAUGGAAUCCCAGCUGGAAUAUAUUGAUGUGGGCGUUUCCAUCCUGCAAGAGUUGCCUUUUGAUGGAAUGAAACAUGUCGUUUCAAUGUUUCUCACUUCCAAUCUCGUGUCUAAUGUAUCUGUUACUACCUGGGUUAAAAAUCAGCCAAGCUUCAUACCACAGCGCAAACUGCUAAUCUCUGAGUCCACCGCAGAAUGCAAUGAUCCACUUGUUAUAUUCCCUGUGGAAAUAACUUUCCAAGGCGACUAUGACGAGCUUGUCAAAGGGAGAGAAGCGCAAUUUCAAAGUCAGUGUGAGAUCAAGCUAUCAGAGAUGUACCCCGAGGCGACAGUAAGCGACUGUGUAGUAAGAAAAGGCAGUAUUGUGGCUUCAUUCAACAUGACUGUGCCUGAAUCGAAGCGGGAGGCCACGGUUGAUAAAUUAUGGGAGGAUGUGAAAGAAGGGCUGAAGUUCGAGUUUAAUGGAGAAACGCUAACAACAUUACCAAUCAUGAAAGUCGAUGGUGAAACAAAGAAAGUCGAACCUGUGCCAGAAGAUGAAGACCGCAUGCCAGUUUACAUCAUCGCUGUUGCUUGUGUGGGUGCGUUUGUCGUUAUUUUAAUUUUUGUUAUCGCAUUGUACUGCGUGUGCCGGAAAAACAGAGAAGCCAAAAUUAACCCAACACCGCCAGAAACCCCAGAUGUUUACAGCGACAACGAGAAAGGAAAAGAACUUCCAAGCGCAGACGCCAAGUAUGCUACGAUGAGCAAGAGUGAAGCCUGGUCCGUUCAGAGUUCUACUGGCUCGCAAAGAAGUCUAAGCCAAUUAAGGUAUGCAACUCCGUUGGCGUUUACAGAAAUCGUGGAACCAGCAUUUGAAGAGAGAGAGGAACAGCUACCGGCGUUUGAGAAUCAAGAGCGUGCGAAGAGAGACUCAGCUGAUCUACCGAAGCCGGUCCUUGCAUUUCCCGUCACGUCAUCCAAACGGACCACACCGAAUCCCUCGGCGAACACGAGCAGAAAUCAGACACCAGUCGCCAGUUCUUCCGGCAGUUUACAACCGAGUGAUCCUGGCGACGACUCGCCGACCCGUUUGGGCACUCCUAAAGUUGUUAUUUCAGCGGCUGGCUCUCAAACUCGUCUCCAGUCCGCAGCCGAAUCAUCUGAGGGCACUGAAAUGUUGGGAGAUGGAUUUGAUGAUUAUGAUGAAGUCGCGAGUCUAAGAGAAGAAGCUGUGUUGCGUCGAAGGGCGUCAUCUUUUGACGCUGAUCAGAUGCAAAACAUGCCUGGCGUUUUGCCGUUCACAGAUUCGACUAAGCAACAAAAGAUGCAAGUGAAGGUUAUUCGCCCCAAUGCAGAGCUGGGGGUCGUCGCCCAUAUGGCAGGGGUUGUCAAGGUCAACCCAUCCGGAACCUUAAACGAAUUGCGGCAGGACAUCAACCGCUCGUUGCCUGGAUACCUGGGCUCAGCAAGAUAUCUGUUUAUAUCGCGCAAGUUUAAAAUUAUUGACCCUCGAACAGAAUAUCAACUGAUUGUCUCCGGGGUUUACAAGAAGACUAUCUAUGUCAAAGUGUUCCAUGGAGCAGAGAGUUGCGAGUAUUUCUGUUUCUGCGGUAAAGUGGCGAAUGACUGGUGCCAAAGGUGUAACGUACAGGGGUACUGUGGGGAAGAUUGUCGCCAGCAAGAUGAGGAGGAACACAGCAAGUUUUGCAGCAAAAGCAAAGCGAAAGCCAUGGAACGUGUACGAACAAGAAGAGUGUCCAGAGAAAAAAAGUACUAAACUGUCUCUGUGAUAACGUAGAACUGUUAGAAGCAGUGUGAUGAAGCACUUAUAGUCGUAAGAAAAACCAAAAAAGCGGACAGGUCUGCAGGUAGGCCUGAAUUUAAAGCAAGGAAAAUAUUAGUUGUAACUAUUUUUUUCCAUAUCCAAGACAAUGAUAUUUUUGUUAUAAAUCUUCCAAUUUUCUACUGAUUUCUUUAAAAUGUUCUUUUCUGAUCUUCACUGGUAGCAUACUGCGCUCUUGUGGCAUUACAGUUCUUUUAAAAAAGCUGAAUUUGUGAAAGCGUAAUAUGUUGUAUAUAUCAUGUUUCUGUUCUGCAAUAGAUACGGCUAAGUCACGUGAUAAUGAACCAAUCUCAGACGUGUAGAUCACGUGAAAAGACCCAACGCAUUUUAAUACCGUCAUUUGAUUUAAGUUAGACGCGAAGGAAACAGAACUUGUUAAAUCCAACAGGAAUAGCCAAUUUUACUUAUCAGGAGUGUGUUAUGUAUUUUAUUUAUCUGCAUGUAUUUAUACCAUCUAUAUCUGCACGUGCAAGUCACGUAAGAGUGUGAAGAAAAUUUGAGCAAGUAUUUUGUAUCAAAUCCAAGGCGUGCAACCAUUAAGUGCAAGGCACGCUCAGAGUAUUUUUAUACUAAUCUAAAGGAUAACAAGAAGCGCAGUACAGGCAGAGUGGUUUUGUUUGUCCAUAGUACUUAUCGACUUGUAUACUGACGAGCAAUUGUUUUUAAUAAAUUAUUAACACAAACUGUGA